AUGGCCGGCCAAGCGUCAGCUGAUCGUCUCAACAUAAACAACGGCAACAACCCCAAGAUUACCGCCACGGGUGUCGCUCGCCCAGCGAUGCAGUCCACUCACUCCAGCAGCGUGCCAUCUACACCUUCGCAACAACCAAGGAGAUUCCACUCCCGCUCGCCGUCGCCCCAUCGUGGACUUGGCAAUCAGUCUCCGAGGUCAGUCGUGUCUGAGGCAGUCGGGCAGAAUGGCAUACCGCGAUCGCAGCCCAACUUCUGCAAAUAUGAGUCUGGUGCGGAGUUUAGGAAGAGGCGGAUACCGUACACAGAAGGUGGUGAGAAUGAGCUGGGUCCGCCGAAGAAGGAGCCCAAGAAGGCGCUGGAGCCGCAUGAGGAUGAUAAGUUGAGUGGCGACAUGCGAGAGUUGUAUGAUCGGUUAUUGCCGUCGGAUGAGAGUGAGCAAAGGCGGGCGCAAUUGAUUAAGAAGCUGGAGAAGAUGAUGAGUGACGAGUGGCCGGGUCAUGAUAUCAGGGUCAAUGUGUUUGGAUCUUCUGGCAACCUGCUGAAUUCGAGUGAUUCGGAUGCAGACAUAUGCAUUACGACACCAUUAAAGAAGCUGGAGAGCAUGCAUGGGUUGGCGGCGCUGUUGGACAGACAUGGUAUGCAGAAGGUGGUUUGCAGAGCCUCGGCGAAGGUGCCUAUCGUGAAGUGUUGGGACCCAGAGCUACGGCUGGCUUGUGAUCUAAACGUCAACAACCCCUUGGCGCUGGAGAACACGCGUAUGAUCAAGACAUAUGUACAGCUCGACGAUAGAAUACGACCAUUGGCGAAGAUCAUCAAGUACUGGACUAAGAGACGGAUACUGAAUGACGCUGCAUAUGGUGGUACUAUCAGUUCGUACACCUGGAUAUGCAUGAUCAUCAGCUUCCUGCAACGACGAGAACCGCAGAUCAUACCAUCACUGCAGAACACGGAUGGCAAGCGGCUAAAAACAGAUCGCAAUGAGCCAACACGAUUUGCGGACGACAUUGAUGCCUUGAAGGGCUGUGGCAACAAGAACAGAGAGUCGCUGGCCCAGCUGCUCUUCCAAUUCUUUCGGCAUUACGGCUAUGAAUUUGAUUACUCAAGGUAUGUUGUAUCCGUUCGUGAAGGCAGACUUGUAUCGCGGGAGGAGAAGGGCUGGCAAACGAGCAAUUAUCAUGAGAAGGAGGCGCAACGGCGGUUGUGCGUGGAGGAACCGUUUACGAAGUCACGAAACUUGGGCAACUCGGCAGAUGAUUAUUCAUGGUCUGGUGUGCAUCAGGAGAUACGAAGGGCAUUCGAGCUACUGGCCGACGGACAACAGCUGGAGAAGUGCUGUGAGGAGUAUGAGUUUCCGCCGGAAGAGAAACCGAUAUUUCAGCGACCUGCGCAGAAGCCGCCACCAACUUUACGACGCAGUGCCUCGCAGUCUGGACGAUCGAAUCAUGAACAGGGCUCGAGCCGACCACGGAAGAGUAACAACAGGAAUCAGUCUACACAGAGAGCUGGCAACCGACGAGCGUCUAGUGGUGCUACGUUUGGAAACCCAAGGAUGCCAUUGCAGAGUCCGUCAAUUGGUUUGACAUCUGCGGACUACUUCGGCGCCAGGAGCAGCGUCCACGAAUACUUAUCGCAUCAGUAUCAGCUUCUGCAGGCGCAUAGGGAGGCGCUCACGGCACAGUUGCAGCAGCAUCAACAAGCGACCCAGCAAGGUCAGCCUCAGAGCCAUCGUGUGGGAGAUCUUAAUGGAUCGCCACUACACCGGGGUGGCGCCUUUCAAAACGGCUUGCCAAGUCCUCGAUUCCUCGACAAUCCACCACAAACAGCGCCUCUAUUGCCCGGAUACUUGUACCAUUAUCCGGCACGAUACCCACCACCAUCGCCAAUGUCACAAGCUCGCUCAAGAGAAGGCACCAGCACGAACCCGUCCUCGCCAUCAUUAGUAGCUGCUACACCUGUACAGCUUAGGCGGCAAGUCCAUCGUGCAUCAGUCACAGAUGGCUCGUCCAGUUCUGCGCGAUCACAAUCACAGCCUGGACGCUCUCUGCCUCAUCCUCUCGCUUUGCAACAGCAAGCGCAUCCAGGCUACGAUGUUUCUGGUGUCAUCCCAGCAUCGUACCAGAAUAUGCGAAAUAAUCCUGCCUACGCUGCAGGUCAAGCAGCAUUGCAGACGCAAUACGGACAGAUUCCUGGUGUACAUUUUGCGCCCGGCUCGGUUGACAGCGCAAUGCCGAAGGAAUACAUGGGCUACGGCGUGGGGUCGCCACAAUUUGGAGGCCAGUAUGCUGUUGCUGGUCAACAGAUACAUGUACCUCCAAUGACUUUGCACGACCCUCCACCUUCACGACAGAGAAGAGUCACGCCUGACCUACAGCCACCAAUGCCGAAUGGACGGCAUAUAUCGCGAUCGCCCUCGCCUCUGGGUCAUCUGAGAAGCUACUCUACAGCUGCGGAUUUGAGGACGCGAGCACAGGCACAAGCCGAGAUGCUAGGCAGUCCGUCCGCUGGAUAUGAAGCUACUUCGCCCUUUUCGACCAUGCUUGCAGCACCUGUGGAUAUUGGUGGACCAUUGAUUGUCAAUGGCUCGACGCCUGCUGCCACACCGAAGUUGGUCGAGCGCAUCAAUGGUGUGCCUAUUCUUGCGCCGCUGCAGGUCGACUCGGCGAACGUCAUGCUCGAGCAAGAUCCUGCGAGACCACCCACACUGCCUCUCAGGACUUCAAAUCCGGAAAUGCCGGAGAACAAACAGCCUUCACCACCUCAGGUAGCAUCUUCACCAAUGCGCCUGAAAAAUGGUCCACGGCUAGCACUUUCACCCAACGGACUCACGCAGUCUACCAACGGUCUCGGUCUCUCCGACUUCCACGAUCCUGCUCUUACAGCACCACUCCUUUCACCUGUGGCUGAGCUUCGUACGCCUUCGCCGACACAGGCACAUGUCUUCGAUAAGCAGGAAUCUCCACAAGCCAACGGACUUGUAAAAGUGGUGCAGAUCGCCAAUGCCAGGAACAGUUUCGAUCGGAAAGAGAACGACCGACCAGCGAAAGCGGCCAGCGCAACUACGAGCCCAAGGCAUGAACGACAGGGUAGCGCACCGAAUGCUGGUGCUAAGCAGAUCACCACUAAUUUGAAUUCAAACACGGUCAAGGGUGGCAGUGUACCCCUUACUCCUGUUUCCGCUGGUGAUAAUCAGCAGAGCCUUGGGCGGCAGGAAAAUCCAUGGAUGCAGGUGCAGAGUGGUAAGAAAGGGCACAAGAAGAGCAAGAGCUCGGUUGUGCAGGGUCGGCAUGCGCAGGCUGUUGCUGUUGGGGAGGGCGAGAAGAAAGGUGGCUAG